CUUUAACCAUCAAAUUUAAUAGGAUUAAUUAAUACCCCAUAUAUAAAAGCAUUGCCAUAGAUGGAUCCACUUCAAGAUCCAUCAUUUUUAACCAUCGCUUGCAACUAUGGUAGACUAGGAAACCAAAUGUUUACUUACGCCUCAUUAUUGGGUUUGUCGAAAAUGAAUAAACGUACUCCUUAUGCGCCAAAAUGUAAUAUGGAUACUGUUCGAAGAUAUUUUAAAGUGACAGCAGCAGAGAUUUCAGAUCUUUCAAAACAAAACAGAAGUGAAUAUCCUCUAGGACCGUAUUUCCGUCCAAAAGAUGCCCACAUUCCAAAAGACAAAAAUAUACUUACUGGAUACCCAUACCCAAAUUCAUUUACAUUUUUUGAUCAAAUUAGAGAUGAAAUUAGAAAAGAAUUUCAAUUUAAGGAAAGCAUUAUAUCUUACGCUCAAACUUAUCUUCAUUCUUUAAAAAAUGUUACGCGUUCAGAUGUUACGUUUGUGGGUAUACACGUCAGGCGAACCGAUUACUGUAAGUGGUUACAAAACUAUUACGGAAGACAAGUAAACAUGAUGUACUUCAAGCAAGCCAUAGAAUAUUUUCAACUGAAGUACAGCAGAGUGAUUUUUGUGGUCGUAAGUGACGAUAGAGGAUGGUGUAAAAGAAAAUUAGGUAUUUGGCCCAACGUGUUCGUGGCACCGGAGCAAACCGAUAGUGCCCACGAUAUGGCUCUUAUGUCUCAGUGUAAUCAUACCAUUAUGACUUACGGUUCGUUUGGGUUUUGGUGCUCUUAUUUAGCUGGUGGAGAAACGAUUUAUUUUGAUGAAUACAUAGCCCCGAAUUCGUCNUCUCUCCUCGUCACAUGGUGA